UCUUUCUGCCUCUCUUCACAGGAUAAUAUAAAUGUUUUUCUAAAAGCUUGUGAAAAGAUUGGAUUGAAGGAAGCCCAGCUUUUCCAUCCUGGGGAUCUACAGGAUUUAUCAAACCGAGUCACCAUCAAACAAGAAGAGACUGAUAGAAGAGUGAAAAAUGUGUUGAUAACACUGUAUUGGCUGGGCAGAAAAGCACAAAGCAAUCCCUACUAUAGUGGACCCUAUCUUAAUUUGAAGGCGUUUGAGACUUUUUUAGGACAAGCUCUGACUAAGGCACUUGAAGACUCGAGCAGUCUGAAGAGGAACGGCAGGGACAGCGGCUACGGUGACCUCUGGUGUGCGGAGCGCGGGGAGCUGCUCACGUCCGCAUCCCGUCACAGGAGAGAAGACUCCUUUGAGAGCUUGGACUCCUUCGGGUCCAGAUCCUUCACGAGCUGCUCCUCCGACAUCACCUUGAAAGGGGCUCGUGACAGCUGCGAAAGUGACACAGAUUCUGAAUUCACGUUCAAGAUGCAGGAUUAUAACAAAGAUGACAUGUCAUAUCGGAGGAUUUCGGCGAUUGAACCCAAGUCUGCUUUACCAUUCAAUCGCUUUCUCCCCAACAAGAGCAAGCAGCCCUCCUACAUGCCGGCGCCCUUGAGGAAGAAAAGACCAGACAAAAAUGAGGAUAACAGGAGGAGCUGGGCCAGCCCGGUCUACACGGAAACAGAUGGCUCGUUUUCAAGUAGCCAGAGGAGGACUUGGGGACCCCACGUGGAGAAGUGGUCCACAGUUCAAGAAACCUGUUAUGUAGAAGAGGUAGAAGGAAAGACAAGAAGCAUACCCAACAUUGUAAAGGAUGAUCUUUAUGUGCGCAAGCUCAGUCCCAUCAUGCCAAACCCAGGGAACACUUUCGACCGGUUUCUCCCCAAAUAUUCCAGCCCCGAAGAUUUGAACUGGAAAAGAAUUAAAAGGGAAACUUAUAAACCAUGGUAUAAGGAAUUUCAGGGAUUCAGUCAGUUUUUAUUACUCCAGGCCCUUCAGACAUACUCUGAUGACAUCUUAUCUUCUGAAACAAAUAUCAGAAUUGAUCCUACUUCUGGCCCAAGACUCAUAACUCGCAGGAAGAAUCUCUCCUAUGCACCGGGGUAUAGAAAGGAUGACCUCGACAUAUCAGCACUUGAUCCCGAUUUAGAGAAUGAUGAUUUCUUUGUGAGGAGGACUGGGGCUUUCCACGCAAACCCAUGUGUUCUCCAGGCUUUUGAAGAUUUCCGAAGGUUCUCGGAGCAGGAUGAUCCUGUAGAGCGAGAUAUAAUUUUGCAAUGCAGAGAAGGUGAACCUGUCCUUCCAGAUUUAGAAAAAGAUGACAUGAUUGUUCGCAGAAUCCCAGCCCAGAAGAAAGAGGUCCCUCUGUCAGGGGCCCCAGACAGAUACCAGCCAGUACCUUUCCCUGAGCCUUGGACUCUGCCUCCAGAAAUUCAAGCAAAAUUUCUUUGUGUGCUUGAAAGGACGUGCCCGUCCAAAGAAAAAAAGAACAGCUGUAGAGUAUUAGUUCCUGCUUAUCGGCAGAAGAAGGAUGACAUGUUGACCCGGAAGAUCCAGUCCUGGACCCUGGGAACCGCAGUGCCUCCAGUCAGCUUCAUGCCUGGUCCUUGCAGUGAGACGGACUUACAGAAGUGGGAGUCCAUCCGGGAAGCCAGUCGAGUUAGGCACAAGAAGCGACUGAUGGUUGAGAGACUGUUUCAAAAGAUUUAUGGUGAGAGUGGGAGCAAGUCGAUGAGCGAUGUCAGCCCGGAGGAUGUUCAAAACUUGCGUCAGCUGCAUUACGAGGAGAUGCAGAAAAUAAGAUCCCAACUAAAAGAACAAGAUCAGAAAUGGCAGGAUGACCUUGCGAAAUGGAAAGAUCGUCGAAAAAGCUACACUUCAGAUCUGCAGAAGAAGAAAGAAGAGAGAGAAGAAAUUGAAAAGCAGGCACUGGAGAAAUCGGAGAGAAGCUCUAAAACAUUUAAGGAAAUGCUCCAGGACAGGGAGCACCGAAAUCAACUGCCUUCCGAUGAUCCGCAGACAAGCAUUCCACCCCAGAGACGGAUGUAUUCUUUUGAUGAUGUGUUGAAUGAACAAAACCUGAUGCCUACAUUGACUGUGUCAGAAGCAAGUUCCAAGAGCAAGAGGAUGGAAGAGAAGGAGACACCUUAUCCAGUAGAAAUUGCUAAAGAAGAUGCAGAAAAAGAGGACCACGUAGCCACUGAAAUUCCGUUAGCUUCCAAAAGCCCUGCCGAGGAGCCACACCCAGCCUCUUUUUCUUCUCAGUAUUCAGUGAGCGCACAAAUGCAGUCCACUCGGGUUUCAGCUUCUCUCCCCAGAAGCUACCAGAAAACCGAUACAGCCAGGUUAACAUCUGUGGUUACACCGAGGCCUUUUGGCACUCAGUCAAGGGGAAUCUCAUCACUCCCUAGAUCGUACACGAUGGAUGAUUCCUGGAAGUACAAUGGAAGCGUGGCAAGCAUGAAGAAAACGCAGAACACCUCUGCUCUGAAACCAGCCACAAGUCCACCCCCUUCCAGCUCGUUGAAUGAGGAGACAGCAGCAUCUGGGGAAGGGGCCAUGCGGCUGCCCUCUCCUUCACCCUCCUCUUCAUCCCUCUCCCAUGACCAGGCUGCCACUUCUAAAGCAGAGUGGUCUCCAACAUCUGUCCUUGACUUGGUGUCUGAGUCUGGAGAAGGGAGCAGCUCACCCCAAGCAGAGCACUCGAGAUCCCAGGAUCAGUUCAGCGAUAUGAGAAUCAGCAUAAACCAGACGCCUGGGAACAGUCUUGAAUUUGGCUUUACAGUAAAAUGGGAUCUUUCCGGAGUCUUCGUAGCAUCAGUAGAAGCAGGUAGCCCAGCAGAAUUUUCUCAGCUGCAGGUAGAUGAUGAAAUUAUUGCUAUUAACAACACCAAGUUUUCAUAUAAGGACACAAAAGAGUGGGAGGAAGCCAUGGCCAAAGCCCAGGAAACAGGACACCUAGUCAUGGAUGUCAGACGCCAUGGAAAGUCUGGUUCACCUGAAACAAAGUGGAUUGACACAACUUCUGGAAUUUACAACUCAGAUAUAUCCUCAAGUCUGUCAGUAACGACUGAUUUCUCUGAAAGCCUUCAGAGUUCUAAUACUGAAUCCAAAGAAAUCAAUGGGAUUCGUGAUGAAAGCGGCACUUUUGACUCAAAAGCAUCUGAACCUAUUUCUUUGAAAAACUUAAAAAGGCGAUCACAAUUUUUUGAACAAGGAAGUGCUGAUUCCGUGUCUCCUGAUCUUCCAGUCCCAACUCUCAGUGCCCCGAGUCGCUGGGCUUGGGAUCAAGAGGAAGAACGCAGGCGUCAGGAGAGGUGGCAGAAGGAGCAGGACCGUCUGCUGCAGGAGAAAUACCAGCGGGAACAAGAGAAACUUAGAGAAGAGUGGCAGAGAGCUAAGCAAGAGGCCGAGAGAGAGAAUUCAAAAUACCUGAAUGAGGAGCUGAUGGUCUUAAACUCAAGCAGCAUUUCUCUAACCACAAGGGAGUCCCCUGUUGCCACUUGGGAAGCCUCCUGGGGUGAAGGGUCCAAAUCUUCUGACCGGGAAGGAACGCGAGCGGGAGAGGAAGAGAGGAGAGAGCAGCCAGAUGAAGAUGUUGUUGAGGACCAAAGGAGGAAGCUGCAGGAACAACUACUUCUGGAGGAUGAGAGGAAACUGAAGGAACAGCAGUAUCAGGAGCAGGAGCAGAAGCGUCAAGCUGAAGCUGAGGAGCUGAAGCGACACACAGAAGAACAGAAGCGUCAGGCAGAAAAAGAGCGGGAAACUUCAGUGAAAAUAUACCAGUAUAGAAGGCCUCUUGAUUCCUAUGAUCUACCAAAACAAGAAGAACAACCUUCAGGUCUGCUUCCUAGUGACAGGAAUAAAUCUCUAUCCACUACUGAACUGGAUGGUUUUCCCACAAGUAAAAAUGGAGGCACUAAAUAUGUUGGGAGUGCCAGCACAUCCCAGAGGAGCUACAAGAAGGAGCAAGCCCCAUCCGGAGCCGAGUUGGAGAGACAGCAGAUCCUUCAAGAAAUGCGCAAGAGGACAUCGCUUCACAAUGACAACAGCUGGAUCCGCCAGCGCAGUGCUAGUGUAAAUAAAGAGCCCAUUAACCUGCCUGGGAUAAUGAGAAGAGGCGAGUCUUUAGAUAACCUGGAUUCCCCAAGAUCCAAUUCCUGGAGGCAGUCUCCUUGGCUCCAUCACACCACAGGAUUCCAUUCAUCUUCCUCUGAGCAAGACUUCAGUCGCCCACCACCUCAGCUGGUGUCUACAUCAAACCGCGCCUACAUGCGGAACCCCGCCUCCAGUGUACCUCCUCCUUCAGCUGGUUCCCUGAAGACCGGGCCCUCAGGUGUCUCCACCGCCCCGUCCCCUACACCUCGCAGCCAUUCCCCGUCAACCACACAGUCCAGCUCACAGCCACGCAACAGUGCGUGGCCUGUAAGUGUGACCUCGGGGGCUCUUCCUCAGGAGCCGAAGUCAGAAUCCGAAACAACCAGCUGUACUGCAACAACUGCUAUCUCAGAUUCAAAUCUGGACAGCCAACUGCCAUGUGAUGUAACCCUCCACACGAAAGCACUGUUGCAGAUAGAAGAGGAGGUGGUUGCUGCGGAUGUAGAUCUAUAA